CCGCUUUUUCACUCUCCUUCACUCACUCUCAUUCUCUCAAAAAUAAUAAGCUCUUCUCUUGUUUUUUCUUUUCCCAUGGAAUCAACAGAAGAAGAGUUCUCAAGUUUCACCACAAAGGGAAGGCGAACAAAGCGUCAACGAUCACUCCUUGCAGCAACCGCGUCGUCGAGUUAUCGCGGUAACGGUGGUGGCGCUGUAGUUAUAACUACUGCAGGUGGUGGCGGCGGAGGUGGCGAUUGUUCUGAUAAUAAUAGUUAUGGUUCAUCCUCAUCGGGGGCGGAUGAUCAUGAUAUCAUGAGCGAGGUGACGACGACGGAAGAAGAAGAUAUGGCUAAUUGUCUAAUCCUUUUGGCUCAAGGGAUUGAAAAGAAGGUAUCGAAAAUAAUCAAGUCCAACUCCAAAACCAACAAUAAUAAUACUAGCACUAGUACUAGUAAUAUUAUUGGUGUGUAUGAGUGUAAAACAUGUAACAAAACAUUCCCAUCUUUCCAAGCACUAGGCGGCCAUCGUACUAGCCACAAGAAGAUCAAGCCCUCAACUCCGGCCGCCGUCCGAUCACUCGACACCAUCGACAACCACCAUGAUCGUGAUCGUGAUCGGAAUAGCCAUGUGUUUGAUGAUGAUCUGAUUGAUGUAAUGGAAUUCACGAGUAAGAAGUUAUUUCUUCUACAACCCAAUAAUAGAAACAACAACAACAUGAACAUGAUCAAUCAUAAGGCGAGGGUACACGAGUGUUCAAUAUGUGGGUCAGAGUUUCCUUCAGGUCAAGCCUUGGGAGGUCAUAUGAGGAGGCAUAGAGCAGGAGCACCAACGACGGCGGCGGUGGCGGCGACUCUGCCUAGCCGUCCGAUGAGUACUGCGGCGGUGAUUGAUAGUGGUGGGCCAAGGAAUAUUCUUUCCUUGGAUCUUAAUCUUCCAGCUCCAGAUGAUCAGGAUGAACAACAAAUAAUGGUGGAUGAUCACAUGGAAACCAAGUUUGUUCAUGUUCUUCCUACGCCUACUCCUUUAGUGGAUUGCCAUUACUAAAAAAAAAAAGAAAAAAAAAAGAAAUUAAUACCCAAUUGAUAUUGAUUAUAUACUUUAUUGUUAUUGACUUUUACUGUGAAUUAUUGAUCAUUUGAUAUAUAUUAAUUUUAUAAAUACAAAUUGAACAAAUUUAUACUUUA